CACCGGGCAGGGUUAAGACCGCUCGGAGCGGAGAUAUGGAUUCCUGAGUGGGGUGAAGAGUUUUGCCAACUCCGAGGGAGCGAGGGAGCAGUCGAGAAUCCUCCUGGCGGCUACGGGAUCAAGUUGAAUCGCGGCAGGGCGAGUGGUCGAAAGCCGGGCGUGGCAUGUCCCGGGUGCCCCGGUGCGGACAGUGAAGCGCGCGGCGAGCGGGAUGGGCCGGCGCCGGGCGCCCGAGCUGUACCGGGCCCCGUUCCCGUUGUACGCGCUUCAGGUCGACCCCAGCGCGGGGCUGCUCAUCGCUGCGGGCGGAGGAGGCGCUGCCAAGACGGGCAUAAAGAAUGGCGUGCACUUUCUGCAGCUAGAACAAAUUAAUGGGCGCCUGAGCGCCUCUUUGCUACACUCUCAUGACACAGAGACACGGGCUACCAUGAACUUGGCGCUGGCUGGUAACAUCCUUGCUGCAGGGCAGGAUGCCCACUGUCAGCUUCUGCGCUUCCAGACCCAUCAGCAGAAGGGCAAAAACAAGACAGAGAAGGCAGGUUGCAAGGAACAGGGGCCACGACAGAGGAAGGGGGCAGCCCCAGUAGAGAAGAAGUCUGGAGCCGAAACCCACCAGGAGGGAGUAGAACUCAGUGUAGAGAAUUUGCAAGCGGUGCAGACAGACUUCAGCCCUGAUCCGUUGCAAAAAGUUGUAUGCUUCAACCAUGAUAACACCCUGCUCGCCACUGGAGGGACGGAUGGCUACGUUCGUAUCUGGAAGGUACCCAGCCUAGAGAAAGUUCUGGAGUUCAGAGCCCAUGAAGGAGAGAUUGAGGACCUGGCUUUGGGGCCUGAUGGCAAGUUGGUAACUGUGGGCUGGGACCUUAAGGCCUCCGUGUGGCAGAAGGAUCAGCUGGUGACACAGCUGCACUGGCAAGAGAACGGACCCACCUUUUCUAACACGCCUUACCGCUACCAGGCCUGCAGGUUUGGGCAGGUUCCAGACCAGCCUGCCAGGCUGCGACUCUUCACAGUGCAGAUUCCCCACAAGCGUCUGCGCCAGCCCCCACCCUGCUACCUCACAGCCUGGGAUGGUUCCACCUUCUUGCCCCUUCGGACUAAGUCCUGCGGCCAUGAAGUCAUCUCCUGCCUUAGUGUCAGCGAAUCGGGCACCUUCCUAGGCCUGGGCACAGUCACUGGCUCUGUUGCCAUCUACAUAGCUUUCUCUCUCCAGCGCCUCUAUUAUGUGAGGGAGGCUCAUGGCAUUGUCGUGACAGAUGUGGCCUUUCUACCUGAGAAGGGUCGUGGUCCAGAGCUCCUUGGCUUCCAUGAAACUGCCCUGUUCUCUGUGGCUGUGGAUAGUCGUUGCCAGCUGCACUUGCUGCCCUCACGGAGGAGUGUUCCUGUGUGGCUGCUGCUCCUGCUAUGUGUUGGACUUAUUGUUAUGACCAUCCUGCUGCUCCAGAGUGUCUUUCCAGGUUUUCUUUAGCCUUUCUGCUCUUAGGGAAUCAGGGGCCUGGACAUUACUGCCUUCUAGAACAGAGUGGAGGCCUGAACCCCAUUGCUCAUUCCACCUGAAUCCAUAGUUGGCGUUCCUCUGAUGAGACUGACGGGCGCUGCCUGCCCUGCCCACUUAAAGCUUGGCUAUGGCCCUGUGUGACUCUGAAUCCUGAGAACCCUUCAUUCUUCAUCCGUGGAUCCUCCCAGGACAGUGGUAUCUGAAGGCCAGGCCACACCACCUGCAUUCUUCCUCUGCCUGCCAGAGGCUCCAAAGUUGAGCUUGUCCUUUCUCCAGAAAUAUGUGAGGAUGCCCAAGAACCUGGGGGUACUGCUGUCCAUCACUUGGUCUUCACGUGAACCCCUGGCGUUUGCUGAAGCAAGCACUGGCCUGGGACUUGGCCGUUAGGGAAGGAAGGGGCAAAAGGAAGACCCAGGCAGUAAUCUCUGGGUCCAGCUGGGUAGCUCCAAGCCAGCCAGGCGACAUAUACAAUAAGUUCCUGGAUGGUCUUCCCUACCCUUGAGAAAAGGGAAAAUGAACCUCAGCACAUUCAGCAGGAAAAGUUGAUAUUUAAUAAACAAGCAAAGACUGAACUGAGA